AUGGGGGAUAACCCAGAUCGUCUUUAUUGUUUGGAUGGGGUUGCCCAUAUAGCUGGUGUCAUCAAUGAAGAGGCCCACCGAUGUAUCACCAGCAUGAGACGGCAGCAGGGUAUGCGCCUGGACGAGAAGAUUGUUCCAUACUUGCAAAUGGCUGGUUUAUACCAUCUUGCGAGACUGAACGAGAUUUGGUUUAGGUUGGAUGAGCCAUUAGCUAGUGCAUUCGUGGAGCGAUGGCGUCCGGAGACACACGACGUGGCGUACCAAUUAGGGCUGUCGAUCGAUGGACAUUACGUCAGUGGAUGCCUGACGGAGUUUGAGCGAUACAUCGAGGAUGGUCACCUAGCUUGGGUGUGGUUCGAGGAGCUGCUGGGUGUUUUGCCUCAUGCGAAUUGCAUCGACAAGUUCACUGUGAGAUGCAGUUGGAUGCAUAACACAUUCAGAGAGCUUCCUGAUGGCGCCAACGACGCCACUGUUAGGAGGUAUGUCUAG